AUGAGAAGAGUCUUUGUAUUAAGUGAUCCACAUUUAAAUUUAGAUUUAAUUGAAGAAGUGAAGCCAAGAUUUGUCGGACGUAAAAUGACAGAGACGUCAGUAAUGAAUGAAUUUAAAAAAAAAACAUACGAUAUGUCACAGUAUGGAUUAGAAUGGAAAAACCAUAUAAGUAGACUAGAAGAAAAUUGGAAUAAUUCAGUAAGUUCUAAUGAUAUUGUUAUUAUUCCUGGUGAUAUUUCAGCAAAUAAAAAGUAUCCUAAAUUAGAUUUAACUUGGAUUAAUGAACGUCCAGGGACUAAAAUUCUUGGGUGUGGAAAUCAUGAUAAAUGGUGGCCAAGUAAAGAAACAGCAAAAAGAAAAUAUGAAGAAGAAUUUAAAACUAUCAAAUUUGUUGAUCAACAUAAAAGUUAUAUUGAUGAUAAAAUUGUUGUUAUGGGAACAAGAAUGUGUGAUAAUGAAUAUAACUGUUGGCCUAUUAUUAAUAAACAAUUAAAAGAAGAAACAUUAAAAGUAUCAAUUGAUAAAACCUGUUGUCAAGUAAUGAAAGAAAGACUUAAUUUUAUAUUAAAUAACAUGAAUGAAAUAGAAGAAGAUAAAAUAAAAAUAUUAAUGAUUCAUCAUCCUCCUUAUAAUGAAAAGGCAGAUAUCAAUCCAAUCUUUGAAAUGAUUCUUCAAUCAAAAGUUGAUAUUUGUUUAUUUGGUCAUAUUCAUACUUUUGGUCGUUUUUAUUUAAAUGAAAAUUAUCACACAAUUGAGGAUAUUCAAAAAGUUUAUCCUUCUAUAAACCUUUUAUUAAAUCAAAAAAGAUUUAUUUGUGCAUCAUCUGAUUUAUUAAAACAUUCACCAUUACAAAUAUUACAGUAUUAA